AUGGCGGCGGCUGCGAAAGUGAUUCGCCCGAUAACGUUCGUGACGGGCAAUGCGAAGAAACUGGAGGAGGUGAAGGCGAUCUUCGGGUCGUCCAUCGCCCUGCGAAGCCGGAAGAUCGAUUUACCAGAGCUACAGGGCGAGCCGGAAGGCAUCUCCAAGGAGAAGGCCAGACUCGCUGCAGCUAAGGUAGACGGUCCAGUGCUUGUGGAGGACACGUGCCUCUGCUUCAAUGCUCUCAACGGCCUGCCAGGCCCAUACAUAAAGUGGUUUCUGGACAAGACCGGACAUGAAGGCCUGAACAACCUACUGGCAGCAUAUGAAGACAAGUCCGCCUAUGCCCUCUGCAUCUUCUCCCUCUGCCUGGGCCCCCAGCAUGAACCCCUCAGCUUUGCUGGACGGACAGAGGGCAAGAUAGUCCCUGCAAGAGGCCCUAAGGAUUUUGGCUGGGAUCCUGUGUUUCAACCUGAUGGUUUUGAGCAAACCGAGCAGCAGCGAAUGAGAAUUGUGGAGCAGCAAAGGGAUGAGGCGUUGGAGGGAGCGAGAGAAGCAGAAAUAGACGAGGCUCAGAAGCUAAUGGGGGAUCAGCUCAGAGAAAUUUCGGCGCUGAAAGGUCAGCUCAAGUCCUUCAAGGCUUCCUUUGAAGCUCAAGCUUUGCAGCUGAAGUCUGUGGAAGGCGAGCUGGCAGAUCAUACUGACAAGGUCAGCCAGACGAAAGAAGAGCUGAUGGCGGCUGAGGCUGAAAAUAGCCGUUUAUCGAUGGAGAGAAACGAGCUGAAGGAUGAGGUAGGUCGAUUGCAGGCAGAGAUUGUGGACCUGACUGCCUUGAAGACUGCUGGCGAGGAAAGGGAGAGGAAAAGCGAAGAGGUGAUUGAAGAUUUGCAGUCACGGUUUGUGGAGAUGGAGAGACAGAAGGAUGCGGCUGUGAAAGAGAUAGAGAAGGUGUUAGGAGCAGUGAUCUCAGAGGUCCAAGAAGAGAAGGAGAAAGUCGGCGUGGAGCUGGCAGAAUCUAGAAACAAGGCUGAAGAAUUGGGGAAGUGGGUAUCAGAGCUGAAAGCGAUGAUUCAGGAGAUGCAGUCAAAGAUUGAAGAGAUGCAGGGAGCUGCGAAUGUGCGGGGCGCUGAGAUCCAUGCCUUGAGAGAGCAAUUGCAGGCUGAAGAGCAAGAGGUGAAUGUCAAGGAGAAGCAGAUUGCAAAACUGACUGCUGACACUAAGACACUGAAUGAGUUGAUGACCAAGGCAAUGGAGAGCAGGCAAGGCAUGGAAUUUCACCUGGAGGCGAAGGGGAGGGAGGUGGAGGAAAUAAAAGGCGGAUUGAGGCAGGCGGAAGCGAAGGUUGCAGCGCUGGAGAGGGAACUGUCAUGGAAGGACGGGAGGCUCAAGGCCAUGGAUGAAGAUAAUCAAGCGAAGCAGAUGCAGGUGAAGCGAUUGGAGGGCCAAUUGGUAGAGGUGCAGCAACAGAUGGGGUUGAUGCUGCGUGAGAAGGAGGCUUGGAUGGGUCGGUUCUGGGCACUGGAGCAGGAGAAGACAUCAUUGGAUGCAGAAUUGUAUGAGCUGAGUCACCUGAUGCUGAUGAAGGAGAGGGAGGUGCAGGCAUUGCAAGCUGCUCAGGGCUACGGGCUGGAUUCUGACUGA